AUGGAGCCGAUGGGGGAGGAUGAUCCCAGAGUCCUGCUUCCCUCCUGCUGCUUUGGAUUUUGCCCAGCUGUGACACGAGAAAGCAUCGCCUGUGAAGGCUUCUCCGCUCAGCUCUCCUGUGAGGAGGGCUUCAUUGACGUCCAGAGUGCCAACUACGGACGCACGGACCGCUCCACCUGCAGUCGAGGACGCCCCUCAGACCAGGUGACCAACGACCAGUGUUACCUGCCCAGCACGCUGUCGCUCAUGUCCCAGAGGUGCGACGGCGAACCCCGGUGUGAUAUCGCCGCUACGAACCACGUGUUCCCAGACCCCUGUGAUGGUACUUAUAAAUACCUGAACGUAACGUACAGCUGCGCUCCGUCCAAGAGAAGCAUAUCUUGCUGGGGAACAGUCAGUCAGCUGAGCUGCGUGGCGGUUUUGUGA